CUUCUCAAAUCUGACUCAUUCUUCUCAUUUGGUUCCCAAAGGACAGUUGUAAAGCAGUUCCAUCUAAAAGUGGGCCAGAACUUACAGCCAGACCACAAAGCACCUGGAAUGAUGAAGAAGAGGGAAGCGUUGCCCAUCUUAUUUGCCUUAACGGGAUUCCUGCUUUCAUAUCAAUAUGUGGAGGCCCAGGAGGCGACAUUUAGUUUUGAAAGUCAAAGUACCCAAGUCCAAACAACAGUUUUUGAUCAUGUUUUCCAAACAGGAUUAGUCGUGAUGGACAACCAAGAGCCGUGCGUCUCAUAUGCCGUCAGUGCUGACCAGUACUGCUCGGGAGUAGCUGGAAUCCAAGACUUGAACCCCAUCUUGGAAAGCGGUUUGACUGAUGAACACGCCUGUGACAAUACAUUGAGACAGUAUGCAUGUGCUUCGGUGGACAAGGCCUCCAACAGUACUGUUUUUUCUAUCCUGAAAUGUUACAUCACGAACUCUGAUGCCUUUGUCAGCCAACAAUCCUUCUCCCUCUUCAUCUCCAAACUCAGCCUGGAAACACUGACCUAUGUCUUAUAUCAAAUUGAGGCUCAGAUCCCUAGCUCUUCGAUUAACCCAACUGUCAAGCUCUAUUUGCUGAACGCGGUAUGGGACAGAAUCCGACAUGAUCCUGAUUGUGCCUGCUCAGUAUUUCCUGGCUCCUGGUUCCAAAGACUUUCUCCAUUCCUCUCUGCCAUUCACACUGACAUUCUGAACUGCAUGAUAAGCAUUCCUCUGACAUGCGAUGGCUUCCAGACAGUUGUUGAUUCUUUACACUUGGCUUACCCCACCCUUAGCAACAAUACAAGGGAAAUGGUUGGACAUUGGAUUUCACGGUUCCUUAGGAGAUACACAUGCCCAAAACCGUCAGUAGCUGAAUGGAUUAACUCCUACUAUCGGAGCUUUAAGAACAACGUUAACUAUGCAGAUUACAUCAUUGCUUGGCCAAACAUCGAUGUGACUUCAGCACUAGAUGAGCUAACGGAUUUCCAAGUAGCCCAGUACUGCCUUGAAACCAACCUGUUCAGCAGUCCAGAUACGUCUGCAACAAUCCUCGCCUUCCUGCAAAAGAAGGAUAUUUUUUACCUUGUCACCUUCCUGGAUACCAUUUCACAGCUAUCCGUCUCAACAACCUUAGACAACGACUUAUUGUUUUCUCUUCUGAAGAUGACCUUGAUCACAUUAGAAACCCCUGAAGCACGGCAAUGCAAACCCACCUUAAAGGAGAUCUUCCAAAUCAAAAUUACAUUUCUUCUGGCGGCUGUCAAUGAAACUGUCCUUAAUCUCUUACCUACCAACCUUGACUGUUCCAGUUACCAAGAUGUGUCCCAAGGAUUAGACAACGCCUACAGUAGCUACACAGAUGACGUGAAAUUUGCUGUGUUUAGAUAUAAGCUCAACUAUAUCACAAAGGAAGCCAAUGCAGCAGGAUCAGGAUGUACAUAUGGACUUACCAGUGCUGCAUGGCUGACCUAUAAUUUUGGAAGUUUCAGCAGUUAUCUCCCCUUCUCAGAUAUGAUCAAGCUAAACCCUUCUUUCAAUGGAUUUGAGGCUACUGAUCUUCUGACCAUUAAUCAGACACUGGAUUUGCUCCUAUAUUCCAACAUAUUAACACAGGAAGCUCCUGAACAAUACGCAUUCCGUGUUUCAGCUCUAAUAACCACAUGGAGAACUAAAGGCUAUGACUAUAUUCUACAAUUCCUGACUGAAUUUACUAGAACUCUACAGCAGUACAAAAUAUUCGUUAUUAGGAAUGCAGAUGUAAGUUGUUUACUUCUGGACGGCUUCUGGCCAGUACUGAGCGCUAGAUUCCCCCAAUUUUCCUUUGGUGACUGGGAAACCUGGUUCAGUGUUAAUCUGCCCAUCUUUCUGCCAUGCAUCAAGCAAUCCCAUCUUUCGCUGCUGACCAUUGGUUUGAUAAAGGACUGCUCAAGCUUCCAAAUCAUCGUUACAGGCUUUAAUAAAGCAUACAGUUAUAUGAGCCCUGAUACCAGACAAGCUGUUGCUUUGUGGAUUGGCACAUUCUUGAGCACCACAAAAUGUGACAGCAACGACUGGUUAAUCGUCAACUGGCAACAGUUUAGGGCAGAGACCAACAUGUCUGUCAUUUUACAGCUCAACCCAGAAUUUAAACCGCUUGAUGUCCUAAGUGAACUGACUGCAAGUCAAGUUAGCGAGGUGGUCAUAUAUGACGAAUCAGUUCGCACUAAUGUAACUGUUAUGGAAAGCGUCUUUGAUGUGCUCGUGGAUGUUCCCGGCCAAAAAGUAGUGACAAACCUUGGUUCUUUCUGGGAUACUUUCAAUAUGGUUGCAGAAACGAGCCCUAAAGUCACUGUGACAGAAAAAGUACAAUACACCAUGCUCAAACGUACCACCUUCAAGCUGGUAGACUAUUAUGCCACCUUCACAGAGGAAGACUACAGGAUCUGGUUUGUGGACCGACUUGACUUUGUCCUGAAAACUGUUAAUAAACCCAUCCUUGAUGAGAUUCCCGUUACCAUCAACUGUGCAUCUUAUCAAACCUUAGUUCGUGCUUUUGAUACAAACUUCCCAACCACGGCAAAUGAUAACAGGAUGGACAUUUACAAUUUCAUUUCAAACUUCAACGUGCAUGGUGCUGAUUGUGAAACUGCAUUAACUUCCAAGGUGUGGAUUGAAAAAACUUUAGCAAGUUUCUCUACCUUGGCAACCUUUGAAGAGAUUCUAUCUUACAAAACUGAUUUCAACCCUUACGAAACUGGAGUGAUCAAUAUUUUGACUACGGAUCAAAUUGGAGACAUGAUUGUUUAUUCCAAUACCCUUCAAAGCACAGACAACAGUGUUUUACUAUUUGAUUACCUAAAGACUCGUACAGUUGCUGAGGUUGACGCCUGUAUGACGAGGUUUACUGAGACAGCGACACAGAAAAAAAUCAAAAUUGAAAAUGUGGAGGUUGGAAACUAUAUACUUUUGAACUACUUGCAAAUUGUGGCACCGCAGAUGGAAACCUACACAAGUGUGCAAUUUGUGGAGAUGUUUGAGAAAAAGAUCUACUUCUUUAUCCGUUUCUUCACUGUCCAAACCCUUACGCUCAUCCCUGUCCGAGACUGUGACACUCUAAUUUCUAUUGUGGUCAUUUUUGACCAAGCAUAUGAUGUCAUGUCACCAGACACCAAAACAUACAUUGUAAACUGGAUUGUCAGCAAUCUGAAGAAAACAGCAUUGAAAGGCUGUUACAGAUCCGACCAGCCCCAGGCAGAGUGGGUAGAUAUCACAUGGAAACGUUUCUUCUCAAAAGUAGAACUGAAAGAUGUGCUUGCAGUCAACCCAAGCUUUGACACAAUUUUGUCCAUCGGUAGUACCACCAUUUCACAGAAGGUUGACUACAUCGUGACCUCGGAUCCUUUGGUUAAUGUGACUAGAAUGAGAAUUGUGCUGGAAAGUCUAAAGGAUGUCCCUCUGGAUUCAAUCUUUGAAUUCUUGUAUAAUUUUAACAUUGCAUUUGAAAAGCUUACAAUUCAGACCAUAUCAGCUGAUGUAAGGCAAGAGGUCAUGGUCUACCUCUUCAACAAUAUGGCAGUUAAUUUCAAAUUUAUCACAGAGGAACAGAUGAGAAAUUUUUCCACUAGCUUUCGUUACUUCCUCCCUGGCAUUACUACUGAGGUACUGGAUCAGAUCCCACUGGACGUCAGCUGCAGUUAUUUUUCUUACUUGUUCUCUGCUUUCAGUGGAGUUUCUAAGUUCCUGGCAAAGGACCUCAAAGCUCAGGUAUUCAACAAAAUUGUCGCUUACUUGGACUACAAAUCUUCCCUGGCCGACACCUCAGGCUCAGCCUGCAGUAGCUUAUACACCAACAGUAAGACAUACGUGAGCAAUAUUUUCUUCAGCUUUUCCUAUUAUGCAACAAUUUAUGAACUGGACAAGUACUACGUCGAUUUCAAUGCGUAUGAUGUUCUGGGCAUGCUUUCCGGCAAGCAACUGGGCAACCUGCUAAUGAACAGCACAGCCAUUAGGAAUCAGAUGGAGGCCGUACCCAUUUUGGUUGAACUGGAUAAACGCAAUAGCUACGAAGAAGUUUCUGCUUUCAUGGAGGAGUGUAAUAGAGUGGCACAAGAGAGGAACGUUGUUGCGCUGCCAGAUGCUAACAUUCAGUAUCUGAUAUACAAAACAGUCUGGAAAGUUGUCUCCGUAAAUUUGGAAACAUCUGCAGAUUACACGGCUUGGUUUGGCUACAAACUGGACCUUCUGUUACCCAGCAUUUCUGUACAAGAAAUCAACAUAUUUCCUUUGGACAUAGACUGCAACUCCCAAUCGGCCAUGGUUGAAGGCUUUAGCAGCGCAUUCAAAAGACUAUCCGAGGAUCAACGUGUGGCAUUUCAUGCAAGAAUCAAGUCUUAUCUCAGUGAUGUCAAAGCCUCUUCAGCCUCUACUUGUCACUCUGGGGAAAGCAGCAGUACAUGGAUUGAAAACAACUAUGGACAGUUUAAAAGCUACGCCACCCUGCAGGAGUUCAAAGAAUUUAACACAAACUUUAACACAGAAGCUGCACUGCCUGCAUGUACAGGCACUCAGAUUGCUGAUUUCAUUGCUACUUCAGGAGGUCUGAGGGAUGAAAAGACGGUUAUAACUGUCCUUGAAAACCUUGAUACUACUGAAGAGUUCCGCACAUUCUACACAGAGAUAAACACCCUAGCUCCGACUGAACUGAGGAACAGCCCAGAGAUAAAGAUGAUUGUGCAGGACACAUUUCAGACCAUCUCAGUCGAUUUUAAAUCUUUCACAGUGGAGCAGUGGACACAAUGGUUCCAAGUCAUCCUUGUAAAUGUCCUUUUUGCUGUCAAUGAAACGGAAAUUUCAUAUAUUCCAAAUCCUCUGCCUUGCAAUGCUUUCCAGGAGAUAGUUAAAGGCUUUAACACUGCUGCAGAAUAUAUGACAGAGGAAACCAAACAGAUGCUUUAUGAAACAUUAAUCAAAAGGCAAUUUAAAUCCACCGCUGAAGUCUCAGGUGUCGUCUGCGGUGAAAAUAUUAAAAGAUCGCAGGAAUGGCUGGACAUAAACUUUGGAAGUUUUGUUGCAUAUGCUGACUACUCUGAUAUCAUCAAAUGGAACACAAACUUCGCUGUGACGGAAGUCAUUACAACGCUGAGUGUCACUCAACUAGCAGAAGUUGCUCUCCAGAAUGGAAACAUUAACAAUGAGGAAUUUGCUUGUCAGAUUGUGGGAAGACUCCAGGGAGGUCAGAUUAAUGACGUAUAUUCAUUCUUGGACCAGUUCUACACAUUUUUUCAGCAGCUGAACAUUGUUCAGAUACCAAAUGCUGAUGUCCAAUGGAAAUUCCUCUCUGGAAGCAUAGACAUAAUCAAGAAUGAGCUGGCCGCUUAUUCUACCAGCCAAUGGGAUUUGCUGCUUUCAUCCAGGCUAAAACCUUUCCUCCCUUCCAUGAAUGCUGAUUUAUUAGGCACCCUUCUCAACUCAGCCAACUGUGACAGCUACCCAAUCAUUGUGAAAUACUUGAAUGGAAUAUAUGAUGCCCUGUCACCUGAGACCCGCAGAAGCCUUUAUAACACCCUGUACGCAUUCCUUAAUGGCAAAUUCACUGCCACAGGAAAUGCUUGUACGAUAAAUGGUGAGACCAACAAGGACUGGCUCUCAAAAUCCCUUGGCAAAUUUAGUGUGUACGCCCCAUAUAAUGAUCUUGUUAAGGUCCAAACCAACUUUAAUGGGUUGGAUCUGAUUGGUGACUUGUCUUCCAACCAACUUGCUGGUCUUCUACUCAGUGGGAGUGUCCUGUCUAGUGAUAGCAACAUCAACAGUGUUGCUCUGGUUCUACAAGGGAUGAGCUUUAGUGAGCUGGACACCUUCCUAAAUAGCCUUCAAUCCAUUGCUGCUACGAACAAUAUUGUGUCCAUUCCUAAUGGCAAGAGUGUUUUACUGGAUGCAAUCUAUGGCACCAUUGCAACACAAUUUUCCAUCUUCACAAGUGAACAAUACACAAACUAUUUUGGAUCAAAACUCAGCCUAUUACUUGGUGGCAUUUCUGCAAGCCAAAUUAACCUCAUUCCUGACAGCAUCAACUGCCAAAACCUACAAAACAUAAUAAAUGAAUUGAACAAACGCAGCAAUGAUAUAUCAGCCAGCACCCAAAAAACCAUCUACGAGAAAAUAAAGUCUAUACUCUUGACUCAGCAGCAAAGCAGCGGCUCAGCGUGCAGUGGAGGUGCAGGUGGCAGUGCCGGGUGGCUCCAGACCAACUUUGCUUCCUUUAGUACCUAUCUGUCAUAUAAUGACAUUGUCACGCUUAAACCAGACUUCAUCUUUACGGACGCCAUACCUUUGCUCACAGCUAACCAACUUGGAUGGUACACUAUAAAGGGUGAUGCCAUCAGAGACAGUGAUAAGAUCGCAAAGAUCAUGGCUGGAAUGAAUGGAGAGAAUCUUGGCGCAUUCUUGGACGCCUUAAAUAUGGCAGCUAAAGAGAACAAUCUUACUCAGCUGCCGAGUUCAGAGGUCCGAAAGUUCCUUGCUGGUGAGAUCUUCUGCCAACUUGGGUCCCUUUUCUCCAAGUUCACUCUGGACGAUUACAGCCUCUGGUUCACAGACCGACUGGCAUUUUUCAUCGGCAGUCUGGAUGCAAAGUCCCUUGGCUCUAUCCCUACAGACAUUUCCUGUGAUAAACUUGCCUUCCUGGUGGAAGUCUUUACCAACACCUCGUACGUACAGAAUUAUGAAGCCAUAUACAAAUUCCUGCUUUCCGUUCUUCAGCAACAGAAACAAAUCUCUGGUGUUGCUUGUACCAGCCCUGAUCUGUCCAGUAAAGACUGGCUGCUUAAAUACUUUGGAAAAUUCACUAAAGAAGUACAAUGGGAUCAACUUGUGGCUUUAUUCCCAACGUUUGAUGUUGUCAGUAGUUUGUCCCUUCUCAGUGGAACCGAGGUUGGCAAGGCCAUUGCAUCCACCUCAAUCAUUAACAGUGUUGUGGCCAUCAACUCCGUCUACAACAAUAUUGGCUCCGAUAUUGCCUUCCUGGAUAACAUGACUGAAUCGAUUGCCUGCUUUCUACUGAAGCAAACACAUUCAUUGUCAAACAGUGUGAGAGAUGCUAUCUUGAUGAGAACCCUUGAAGCUCUCUUCAGUGCCCCAGAUACCCUGUCCGUUAGCGAUGCUCAGAGGUGGAUGAAGCAGAUUGGUUUCUUGCUUCCUGGAAUUAAUGGCACAAUGACUGAAAUGUUUUCCCUGGACAUUAACUGUGAAGUCUACCAAACUUUCAUUGCAGCAGUGGACAACAUAUAUACUAUUCUGACACCACAAAGAAGGACAGAAGUUUAUAAUUUCAUAAGGAGAUUCCUGAUGAAUAAGUUUUCAGGAACUGACAUCCCAUGCUCCUCUGGUUUACAAGACCAGUACAAAUGGCUGAUUUCAAAUAUGGGCCGCUUCUGCGAACAAUCAACCUUUAAUGACACUCUAUUAUAUUACCCAAAUCUUGAUGAAGUCAGUUACAACAGAUAUUGCUUCCUGUCCUAGGACAACUCCUGAAUGUGGAUCCAAAGGUCCUAACAGAAGACAUUUACAUUUUUUUUUUUUGUUUUCUCGUUUUUUCUUUUUCCCUGAUAAUAAUUUAUGUCGUCCCCCACUUAGUGGGGGAUUUGCUUGAAGUAGUGGUGCCUUUCUGAUAUAAAAGUUGCAUCUAGACCCUGAAAACCAUUUGUAACAAUAUUCACCCUAAUCUUGGCCCCUUUAACAGCCUGAAGAACAAGCUCAGCUAUUAUUUUAUUAUAUUGUACAGCAUGUUAAAUUUCCGAUAACAUUCCAACACCUUCUUAUAACCCUCAGAGAGAAAGAUAAGGUGCUGGUGUUACGGGUUUUCACUGGGUUUAAUAUUUUUCUAUCAUAAAAUGGUGGGUGCAUAAUUAAUACGGACAAAAAACAGAUCGUCUGCACUGACCCAUGUCAAUAUUAGAAAAUGCCUUAAAGGAUAAGUAAACCUUUAAAAUAAGUUAAGUUAAAAUUGAUGAGAUAUUUUCUAAGAUAUUUUGCAAUGUACAAUCAUUAUUUAUUUUGUUUUUACUCCAAGAUAUUAAGGGAUACAUGUACUGUUA